UCCGGCAACCGGUUGCCACUCCACGCCAAGAGGGCGAUGCUGGCGAGGCGGCCCCGAGACCCGCUCCGAGCCGUGCAACGCCGCACCCAGGAACUGAAGCAACAGGUUGAGAGUUUGCUUUCUGAGAGCCAAUUGAAAAAUGGUCUAGAAACCAGUCAAAAUCGAGAUAUUUACCAAAGAUGUAUCCAGCUAAAGCAAGCAAUAGAUGAAAAUAAAAGUACUCUUCAAAAAUUAAGCAAAGCUGAUGAACCUGCACCUGUUGGAAACUAUAAUCAGAAAAAAGAGGAGGAACAUAGUGUUUUGGAUAAGCUCACGCAUCAGCUGCAGGAACUUGCUGUGUCCUUAAGUAGUAGAGAAAACAGAACUGAAGUUGGACUUACCAAAAGAGAGGAAGAUUCUCUUUCUUCUGAAGAAGAUGAUGAUGAAGAAGAAGAAAAAGAAGAAAGUGAGGCUGAAGAAGAAGAAAGUGAGGCUGAAGAAGAAGAAAGUGAGGAUGAAGAAGAAAGUGAGGAUGAAGAAGAAGAAAGCGAGGAUGAAGAAGGAAUAGAAGAAGAGAAAGAGGAAAGUGAAUCUCACAAGCAGCCAACAAAAACGAAAUACAUUGCUAUUGGAGAUUUUAUUGCUCAACAAGCUGAGGAUCUUACAUUUAAGAAAGGGGAAAUUCUCCAUGUAACUGAAAAAAACCCUGAUGGUUGGUGGAUAGCCAAGAAUGCCAAAGGAAACACAGGUCUUGUUCCCAGAACCUACUUGGAGCACUAUAAUAAAGAAGAGUUGCAAGAAUCAAGUAAAGAAGGCAGUGAAGAAGAUGUUGAGGUGGGGAAUAAAAAAGCAGAGGGAGCAGAAAUGAAACAAAGAACUGAUUCCCACUGGACUACUAUUCAAAAAGCUCUCUCUGAGCAGAUACACACCGUAUUCACAUUAACCAUGAUGGGUGCUGUUCCUUCAGGGUUCAGGCCUUCUACACUCUUCCAACUUCUGGAGGGAAGGUAAGAAAGUGGGCAUCAAUUUCAAGCUAGAUACUUCCUCCAACCAGAGCUUACUACUUCACAGCUGGCCUUCAGAGAUCUUUUGUGGGAUUGCAAAAAACAGGCACUGUAACCAAGAUCAAGUCGCGUCUCACUGGUCCUAACUCUCUGGAGCUGUAAUAUUCCCUUUCCGGAACGAGCAUAGCAAGUUCUCAGUAGACACGUGCGUCUCUGUCUGUUUGAUGGCAAUAAGGUUUUGAGCAACAUUCAUACAGUCAGAGCCACAUGGCAGUCUAAAAAGCCCAAGACUUGGACUUUUUCUCCCCAGGUUACUGGUAUCUUGCCCUGCUUGCUUGAUGGUGAUUGUUUUGUCAGGUCCAAUUCUUCAUCUCCAGAUCUUGGAAUAUUAUUUGAACUUGGAAUUUCUUAUAUUCGCAACUCAACUGGUGAAAGAGGAGAAUUGAGUUGUGGCUGGGUAUUUAUUAAACUUUUUGAUGACAGUGGAAUUCCUAUCCCAGCAAAAACCUAUGAACUCUUCUUGAAUGGUGGCACCCCUUAUGAAAAAGGUAUAGAAGUGGACCCGUCAGUAUCUAGAAGAGCAUAUGGAAAUGUUUUCCACCAGAUGAUGACAAUGAGAAGACAGCCUCAACUUCUUUUCAAAUUGAGGUCUCUGAACAAAAGAUCAAGAAACUUACUAAGUCUGCUGCCAGAAACAUUAAUCGGAAAUAUGUGUUCCAUUCAUUUGUUGAUAUUUUAUCGCCAAAUUCUUGGAGAUGUACUCCUAAAGGAAAGGAUGAACAUGCAGAAUGCUGAUUUAAUUAGUAAUCCUGUGCUGGCCACUUUCCCCAAACUCCUGGAGCAGCCUGACAUCAUGGACGCACUCAGGAGUUCAUGGGCUGAGAAGGAAAUCACAUUGAAACGUUCAGAAAAGAGAGACAAAGAAUUCCUGAAGACUGUGUUUGUCCUGGUUUACCAUGACUGUGUGCUUCCUCUUCUCCAUUCUACAUUCUUGCCACCAUUUCAGUGGGCUGAUGAACAAACCGAGGCAGCACGAUGGAAGGUGAUCAGUGACUUUCUUAAGCAAAACCAAGAAAACCAGGGUGCCCUCCAAGCUUUGCUCUCACCAAAUGGGACCCACAAGCCCUUUGACAUGUCGGAGCAGACCUAUGACUUCUUGGGUGAAAUAAGAAAGAACACAGACUGACAGCAUUGAUCUUGCCCCAUGAUGGCCUAAAUGGAAUGGCAGAAACAUGGUGACCAUCACAUGAUGUCUAGGCUUAACUCCUCUUUAUGUGGGCCAUAAUGUCUAGAAAAGGAUGAUUGUCCCAUAUUUGAAAGUCUUAAAACCAUAAAAUAAAGUUUCUAAGGAAUACUGUUAUACCUAGACUUAGAGAAUUUUUAUUUUCUCCAAAAAACAACUAGCAAAUUUGUCAUCCAAGAGAGUAA